CAGCAUUCCGACCGUUUUUCCCCCACGUCCACAACAGACAACGAAACAGCGUGCAUGCACAAAGCGACGGACCAGCACAGUUGACCACAAUGCCUUCUGUCCACCACAUCCUGACGACGCUGAAUGCGCCGUUGGAUGAGGAGCAGCUAUGGGCGCUUGCGUUGCUGCUGGGCGCGCACAUGGAUGCCCUGAAACCGUCUUUCCCAGACCUGAGCGAUCCGCAGCACCUCACCUUCCUCAUCAACGCCAACACCGCCAUCAUCGAGCCGUCCGGCCACGUCACCUUGGACAUGUCCACCCUUGGCAACGAAGAUCAAACACUCCCGUUCCUGGCAGACGAGGUCAAGGAGCGACAGCCCUCCACUGACCUGGAAAAGGCGCACGUGUUCAGCAUUGGCGCGCUUCUGUUCACGGCUGCCGACUUUUCACUCAUGGAGGACGAAGAGCCAUCGCUCAGCGAGGAUCUUGAGGCAUUGAUCACCCAGAUGACUGACGAAUGCAUGGAGGACAGACACACACUCGAGGCGGCCAUCCAGGCGUGCCGCGCGCAUGUGGAGGACAAUGAAGCCGUUGAAGUGUUGAAGGACCUUGUUGCACUCGCCAUCAGCAUUGAGAAGGCGGACGGGCAAAUACCGGCCGAGCUGCUGAGCGGGCGAGCAACAACAUCGAGCUCACCUGACAGCGGAUAUACACAGGACGCGACGGCCUUUGACGAGACACGAGACCUGCACGCAUCACUCAUGAGGGAGAUCCAGGCCAAGCCAGACCUCAAGGAUGGGUCGAAGCGUGCGUUGACGGGGCCUGCGCCGUACGUGACACCACACGAGCAGCUGCUGGACGACAUUCGCCGAUCAUCCGUUGCUUCGCUCAACAAAACACCAGCGCCCACGCCCACGCGCCUCUCACACAGCACGCCAGACACGCACGCGGCUGACACGCUGCCCACACGUGGCGCGUACAGCCGUCACGGGUACCAGCAGCACGGCAGCGCUCGCUCACAAAUGUCGUCGCACGGUGGCACGCCCCUUCGCCUGUCGACAGCGGCAUCAACAGAGUCACUCCCCGGUGCACACCAGCACACGCACUCGCAGCGGCAGUCGCUUGCUGCUGCGUCGCAGCACAACCGCAGCACAGCCAGCAUGGGCACCCCUGGCUAUGGCGGUGAUAGUACCCAUAACGGUGGUGGUGGUGGUGGUGAUGGAAGGAAGAAAAGAAUGCCUGUGCGGCUUGCGCUGGAUUCGAGUGCACUUGGUUCCAUCCUGGGUGGGCUGGACGCAACGACACAGGUGAAGCUGGCAUUUGCUGAACAGCAGGCCAAGACCCCCACCGCGUCGUCGCCCGCACACAACCGCACUGCCAGCGGCAACAGCGGCAGCAACCACGAGAGAACGGGGCAGGCUGACGCGCAUAGCAGCAGUGGCAGUCGUGGCGGUGAUGGCGGUGAUGGUGGCGGUGGUGGUGAUAGACCAGCAACGGCCGGGGUGCGUGGAAGUGGUCGUGGUGGCGGUGGUGGUGAUGGUGAUGGCAGCAAUCUCAUACCAACGACUCGCCAGUCGCUGUCAGGACAAUCAUCCUUGUCAUCGCCAUCAUCACCGUCGUCGUCAUCAGCCGUGACGCUGCCGGCUCGCCCCUCCACCGCUUCAUCGUCGCUCUCGCACUCACAACAACGACAACAACAGCAGAAUGGAGGGACACCGCCGAAACCACAAGAAGAGUGCAGUUUCGUUGGCUUUGAGGAACACCGCCACAUCUCCACCACGCUCUUCAAGGCGGAGUUGGAUGAUCUCAUGUACCAAAACGAAAAGCAGUACAAUGCGAUUGCGCAGAAGAAGCUGUGCCCCAUAUGCCGAAAAACACGCUUCACGCUGCUGACACGCGGACGGGAGUGCCCAAUGUGCACGCGCUUUGCUUGCCGCGACUGUCGCAGCGAUGUGACAAUGCCCGCACACAUGCGCGCAACACCCAGCGCUGACAGCAGCAGCAGCGGCAACGGCGCAACCACGGCGAGCAGCAGUAGUGGCAACGGCAGCGGUAGUAGUCACGUGACAAGUGUAUCAUCAAGUGCAGGCAAGCCGUUCACAAUCAACCUGUGCAACGAGUGCAAGAAGCAGCUGGGCGGGAUACGCACCAAGAGGAUGUAAGAUGGUCGGUGAAGCGCAGAGACCAAGUGGUAGUGGUGGUGGCGGUGAGGAGGAGGAGGAGGGGACUACUGCAGAGGGAGAGAGAGUGUGUGUGAG